AAACCUUCGAUGUCCUCGAUAGUCAAAAACCAUCGAUACUAUCGAUAGUGUCAUCGAUAGUUUUCCAGUUCUACUGCAUAAUCAAAUCAUGCAAAAACCAGACUUGUACAGGCGACGGUAACAACGUUAAAUAUAAAAAAAAGAAUCAAUGGCUAUGCGUUUUGUGCGCCUUUUUUCCACACGAGUGUACCAGCGAACCGCACAAAAUAAUGCUGUAGGCGGACAAAGUUUAGUGGAAAAAGUAGCAAUAACGAACAAUGGUGCUGUUGUAGUCGCAUGGCAUCCAGACAAACCAUUUCCAUAUGAAUUUUCUAAAGCUAUACCAAAGGCGGUGGACGCCCAAAACGGAGGACUGAUCAAGGAAACGGCGCUGCGUACUGCAAUGAAUGCAUUUAAAAACAAAAAUCCUGAAGUGGCGCGACAAGAGCUCAUGCAACUGACUCAUACAACCAAGCAUAGGUGGUUCCUCCGGUCGCGUGAUAAACGGGCCAAAGAUACACCAAUGGAUCGCCCAUAUUUAUAAAUAUACUCCCAAAGACAUUGGACUUAUAUUCUGUUCUUAUUUCAAUGGCCAUUACAAUUUAAUAAAUAUUAAUUAUUCAA